ACAAUCAAGGUAACAACAGAACAAUCCAACGAGUCCAUAUCUAUUACCCAUAAAAAGGGUGACCAGGAUGAUACCCGUUAGCAGAUAAUAAGAUCUAGCAGCUGCAAAAUGUCGGCUAUACUGAAGUCUCUCUGUCUUUUUGCAGCGAUCGCCAAUUGUUUGAGCUUGGAUCAAACUCGACAGCCGGGAGCAGUGGGUGCGUCUGUUGUCGAAUCAGUCGUCAGCCUCAUCAGAGAAUCAUGUCUUUUUGCAGAAGAUAAACGCUUUUUACGCCGUUUGGCUUACGUACAGUCACGAGAUGGAACGGACCCUAAAACCUACAGAAGAAACUAUCAUGGCGGAAUAUGGCAGGUGGAUGAAAACAAAUUUCGGGAAACACAAAGUAGUUUAAGACUACAAUCUCAAAAGAACAUCAUUAGAAACACGUUUGGGAUCGACUGGGAUUACGUCACAUGGCAGGAUCUCCGGAAGCCCUUGUAUUCUGGCAUCGCUGCCUCACUUUACACUAUCUUGCAUGGUGGAGUCGGUUGGAGGAUUGAAGACCAAGCAAACACAUUUGAAAACUUUUUUCAGAGUUCUGGAGGAUACAAUUUCACUACGCAGGCGCAACUUCUCGACCAAGGUUGCCAUGGAAACGAAGCUCUUGAAUUGGUGUUUGUGGUGGAUAGUUCAAAUUCUUUAUCAUCGGAUGACUUUACAAGGGCAAAAUUUUUUAUGGAGAAUGUUGUCGAUGCUUUUAACAUUGCCUCCGAUAAAACACGCGUCUCGGUUAUCACGUAUUCCAAUACCCCUACUGUCGAAUUUCAUCUGAAUUCAUACACAGUAAAAUCAACUUUGAAGAACGCUAUCCAAAACUUGCCUUUUCGUACUGGAUCUACAAACACGGCAUCUGCAUUACAAUCAGCAGUAAAUAAUGUAUUUUCAAGCAGUCGGUCAAGUGCAGCAAAGGUUAUCAUCGUGAUCACUGAUGGACAGUCAAACGAUAGACUGUAUACACAACAUGCAGCCGACAAUGCCAGAAAUGACGGAAUUAUUUUAUUUUCUGUCGGAGUAGGACAUGCCAUUGAUAAUGGUGAACUUAACUAUAUGGCGUCCAAGCCUUCAUGCACACACGUGUUCACCGUAUCUGGGUAUGACGAAAUUAAAGCACUAAAAGAGGAACUCAUACAAAGUUCCUGUAGAGCCCCGGUUUACAUCAACAGCACGUUUAGCUGCGUUAUCGAAAAAUGUCCGCCACUUGCAGUCUUGACUUCCACAUCCGGUGUGACUAUAGAGACAAACAGUACGUGCGGCAUGGAAAGCAUCUACACGGCCUUCAGCAAUGCUUACCCUGGCGAGGGUUUCUAUGAGACGUUACACUCUGUUUCCCCGAACAAUCCUACAUCAGUGUACCACAACUCUUCCCGGGACCAGACGCUGUUUAUCAAUCUUGUUGACGCCCUGAAAAAUCAAGCCAGCAGUAGCGCUGGGUGCGUCGUUACCAUAACGCCUUACCAUGGAGAUCACACGGAUCACACCAUGAAAUGCUACCUCGAUGGAUUAAAUAUCAAGUGUCCAGAUACAUGUGAAGAAAAAUGGAACUUCCUAAACCCUUGUACCAAGGCAAACAUUGAGAAAGAACUUACAAUGUUUCCACACCCAACAGAUAGUACAAAAUACCUGAUGUGUGACCUUUCCGGAAAACUUUAUAUCGUGCAAUGUCCACAGUACGAAUCUUAUUAUCAGUCUUGUAAACAAUGUGUAGGUAAUAACACUUCCUGCGUCAGUGGUGGUAGCAACCAAGUCGAUUCAUCCCCAUGUACCCUGGCAAAUCUACAAGCUGGUCAUUUCUUCUUCGUCUAUCCGUCCGACAACACAAAGUUUAUUCACUGUGAUGUCUGGGGAAAAGCUUGGGCCCUGGAUUGUCCCACAGGAGAAAUUUGGGAUCAGAACAUACUAACCUGUAUUAUUCCCAAUUCCGGUAGUCAGACCGCGCCGUCAUCGCCGUCGAUUGUCCGUCCACCCGUUUCCUCUAACUAUGGAGGUGACGAGGUAAAUGGUUUCCUCUGUUGUCCGACAUGUCCUCGCUUUUCCCCUCCUUGUUCGCAUUCCAAGAUAAAUUCUGGAAAGCUGUUCCACGCCAUUGCUGGGGAUCGUCACCACUACAUCCAGUGCGACCUCACCGGAAGAAUGUAUUGCCCGAUGAGCUGCAGUCCUGAAGCAGAUGGCUCACUCGACUUCUUCAACUACUUGUCGCAGACAUGCGUAGAUGGUUCUCUUUCGGGUAUUGUCGGUUGAAUAGAACUUUCAUAAUGCACCAUGUUUACGUUUUUGAAGUUAAUAAAUAAAACGCUAUGCAACUAAA